AUGGGGGACCUGUUUAUGCUCAAGGUGGCUGUGGGCAUAUGCUGUGCCACCUUCAGUGCCUCUGCCUGGUCAGUGAACAAUUUCCUCAUAACAGGUCCCAAGGCCUAUCUGACCUACACCACCAGUGUGGCCCUGGGGGCCCAGAGUGGCAUUGAGGAAUGUAAGUUCCAAUUUGCUUGGGAACGCUGGAACUGCCCUGAAAAUGCUCUCCAGCUCUCUACUCACAACAGGCUGAGAAGUGCCACUCGGGAGACUUCAUUCAUUCAUGCUAUCAGCUCGGCUGGAGUCAUGCACACUAUCACCAAGAACUGUAGCAUGGGCGACUUUGAAAACUGUGGCUGUGAUGAGUCAAAAAAUGGGAAAACAGGAGGCCAUGGCUGGAUCUGGGGAGGCUGCAGCGACAAUGUAGAAUUUGGGGAAAGGAUCUCCAAACUCUUUGUGGACAGCCUGGAGAAGGGAAAGGAUGCCAGAGCCCUGAUGAACCUUCACAACAACAGGGCAGGCAGGCUGGCAGUGAGAGCCACCAUGAAAAGGACCUGCAAAUGCCACGGCAUCUCGGGGAGCUGCAGCAUUCAAACAUGCUGGCUGCAGCUGGCUGACUUCCGGGAGAUGGGGGACUACCUAAAGGCCAAGUAUGACCAGGCAUUGAAAAUUGAGAUGGAUAAACGGCAGCUAAGGGCUGGGAACAGUGCCGAGGGCUGCUGGGCACCCACCGAGGCCUUUCUUCCUAGUGCAGAGGCUGAGCUGAUCUUUUUAGAGGAGUCGCCCGAUUACUGUAUCCGCAAUUCCAGCCUGGGCAUCUAUGGCACAGAGGGCCGGGAGUGCCUGCAGGACAGCCACAACACAUCCAGGUGGGAACGACACAGCUGCGAGCGCCUGUGCUCUGAGUGUGGCCUGCAGGUGGAAGAGAGGAGAACUGAGGCCAUCAGCAGCUGUAACUGCAAAUUCCAUUGGUGCUGUACAGUCAAGUGUGACCAGUGUAGGCAUGUGGUGAACAAGUACUACUGUACACGCUUCCCAGUCAGUACUUGGUCCCAAAGCAAAGGCAAUGUUUGGUUUGGAAUCCAUAUCCAGAGGGACCUUCAAAGUACAUUUGCCUGUAAGUUUCAGACUACGCUCAACCUAGCUGUGCUGCUGAGAAUCAGAGGGGAUGGAAGCAAAAAAUGA